AUGGAGGCGGAGGAAGAGAAGGAGAGUAGUAUAAGCAUGGUGGAGGCAAAGUUGCCACCGGGAUUCAGAUUUCACCCGAAAGACGACGAGCUUGUCUGCGACUACUUGAUGAGACGAUCGCUUCACAUUAAUCAACCUCCUCCUCUCUUCUUGAUCCAAGUCGAUCUCAACAAGUGCGAGCCCUGGGACAUCCCCAAAAUGGCGUGUGUGGGAGGGAAAGAUUGGUAUUUCUACAGCCAAAGAGAUCGGAAAUACGCGACUGGGCUGAGAACAAACCGUGCAACGGCCACCGGAUACUGGAAAGCCACUGGCAAAGACAGAGCCAUUCAAAGAAAGGGAAAGCUUGUUGGGAUGAGGAAGACACUUGUCUUCUAUCAAGGUCGUGCUCCUCGAGGUCGAAAAACCGAUUGGGUCAUGCACGAGUUUCGUCUCCAUGGAUCUUUUGACCCUCCCGUUCAUUCUCCAAAGGAAGACUGGGUCUUGUGCAGAGUGUUCCAUAAGAAUACGGAAGGAGUUUUAUGUAGAGACAGCAUGGGAAGCUGUUUUGAUGAGACAGCCUCUGCUUCUCUUCCUCCACUCAUGGAUUCUUACAUCAACUUUGACCAAGAGCCCUCUUCUUACUUCACUGAUGAUCAUCACUUCCUCACCAACGAGCAAGUGCCCUGCUUCUCCAAUAUGUCACAGAACCAAACCCUAACCAACUCAGUCUCUGAACUCAAGCCUCCUUGCAAGAACCCUGAUGCUUCAGCCUCACCCACGCUCCCAGGGCUCCACUCCUUCUGUUCUUCAGAUCAGAUGGUUCUCAGAGCUCUGCUCAGUCAGCUCACAAAGAUUGAUGGAAGCCUCGGCGAUAAAGAAGCACAGAUUUAUGCACAAGGCAGCUCCGAGAGCCUCUUGACCGACAUUGGCAAUUCCAAACACAGAGUUUAG